AGCCUACUUCGUUUUCCAAGUUAGCGUUAGGCAUAUAAAAUAUGCAUCUCUAUCUCUCUCUAAAAUUAGGAUUCCUGCCCUAACAUAUAAACUGCCACCGCCAAAUCGUUUCGUUCCACAUCUAAAUUGGUUCCCAACCGAAUCAGUUCUGCAAAUACUACAUGUCUCAAACCAACCUACCUUUCAAAGAUGGUCAAACUGUUGAAGUAAGAUCCUUUGAACAUGGAUAUCGUGGAGCUUGGUUUCGAUGCAAGGUAGUAAGGAUAUACAUAGUGGAGGGGAAAUUGUACUACAGCUUGAAGUAUCUUGAUUACGAAAAAGAAGAGAUACAUGAGCAACAAGUCUUUCAGCGGUUUGAACAUGAGGAGAAAGAGUGGUUAAUGGUUCGACCCUCAUACCCAUCUGUCCAUAAAAUCGAGGCUAGCCAAAAACCUCUUGACGUCGCUCAUGGCUCUUGGAAAGUAGGAGACUUAGUUGAUUGGCAUAAAGAUGAUUGUUACUGGUCUGGAACGGUUGUGGCAUUGAAGAAGAACGAACCAUUACAGGUUGAACUGUAUCCUCCACCACGUGGUGAAGGAGCGACUUACAACGCUUUGAGAAAGGACUUACGUCCAUCAUUGGAAUGGUCACUUGAAGAUGGCUGGACAUUGCCUUCUGCGGACGGAAGACAAGGCAAUGUGCUCGGCUCGGCUCGUGAAAUGUAAGAAAUGAAAGUUAGUCUUUCUACUUAUAUGAACGAUGAUUCUAUUAUGAGUAUUCUCUUAUGGUCUUUUUAAAACUCAAUUGAAUUUCUUUCAUACUUUGUGGAAACUCCUACUGUAUAUAACUCAUUUUAACAUUAGAUUGUGUGUCAGAGAGAACCAUAAUUUAUAAUA